AUGCCGUAUAGGCUAAUGUUGCCAGCGUGACAGAGCAAGUCCGGCGAAUUUCUCUGGAGGACCCAGUCCACGAGAUUUUGGAAAGGACUGGUUCCUCGGCCAGCCAGAUCUGGAUUACUUCUGCUUUUUUCAACAAUUUCCAUUUUCCUAACCUCCUGAUCGUCCGGGCAGAAGAAUGCAUUGCUUUGACGGCUUUGAAGAUGAGGCUGUAUAGCCUCCAGCUGAGAGGAGGCGAAUUUCUAUCCGUUAAUUUAAAAGGAGAAAGAAGAAGACUUGCAGUAGAGGGUGGCGAAUUUCGGCGGUCCAUCUCAUACGCCGUUGCCGGACGCCGCGGAAUCGUUGCUGAGUUUCGGACAUGGAAGAUUAGGCAGAGUGAGAUCUGGAAAUUCGAGAGUGAUGAUGGAAAUCAGGAAAUGUUUGUUAACGCACCAAAAGGAGAGCAACAAGGUGAGAGGAUGAGUCGGGAAGAGUUGAUUUGUCUUGACUCCAUGACCAGUGUAUGAGAGAGAAAACGUGGCUGAAAGUUUCCUCAGGAUGAUUCGAAGCAAUUCUGGUAAUUGUUUCACAAAAUCAACCUCUAACCUACACCAAAAAAUCUAUUGUUGUUGAAACCGCCCACGCCACUAGGGUUGAGUGUUGGAUAUUACCUCAAAUUUUUAAUGAGCAUCACUUCAAGAAGAAGAUGGGGAGAGAGAAGGGAGAAGAAGCAGAAGAUGAAAGUUGAAGUCGGUAAUGGAUCCAGUUAAUUUAAUGUUAAAUUAGAAUUAAGUUGAAGUUCAAGUUUAGAUACUUAAGUUGGCUCCUCUCCAGUUCAGAAGUUCAAGUUCAAGUGCAGAUGGUCAAGCAGGCACCAGUUCAGUUCAAGAAUAAUUAGCAGUUCAAGUUUGUUUAGAGGUUAAGGUUUCUCUAACAAGCUUGAAGCAUUUGAUGCUCCAGCUCGAGGGGGUGCAAAAUUAGAAAUAGUAAUUCAUUUAUCCUAGUUUUAGAGGUAUUAUAUAGUUUCCUAUUCCUAUUGGAUUUUAGGUUUAGAUUUCCUUAUUUGUUUAGGUUUAGGUUUCCUAUUCCUACUGGACUUGGGUCCAUUAAUUCUUUAUAUAAGCUUUGUAAUAGUAUCUAGAAAGAAAAGGAAAAAUAAUUAAAAUACCCCAAACUUUGAAGGGGAGUGAGUUAAACACCCCAAACUUUCAUAUGUAAUUUAAAUACCACAAACUUUUUAUAAAAAGUUAUUUUAACACCAUGGUCAGGUAUUAUUUAUAUCAACUUGUAAGAUUUUGUA